UUAUUUAUAAAUCAUUGAGUGUGUUUGUAAUGUCUUUGCUGGUGCACAUUAUUAUUUAAAUGCAAUGAUAACAAUUUCUUGAUUUGGUUUCUUGUGUGUUUAGCGACCUCUAACAGCAGCUAGCAGAAUUGCAUUUAAGCAAAUGACCUUCAACGCUCCUGCAAUACCCUGCAUGUGAUUUCGUGUUCUCGUCGUGCACAUGUGUUGGGCGAAUGUCCUCCUCCCCGUCCUUUCAUUACAACAAAAGGUGUGCAAUGGCUUUGAAAUGUGUGAUAAAAAAGAUUGCAGUUGCCCCGCGCCUGCAUACAAGAUGUCUGUCAGUUUCUUCAGCAAAUUUCGCGCAGAAUAUGACUGUUCGCGAUGCAUUGAAUGCAGCAAUCGACGAAGAGAUCGAACGUGACGAACGCGUUUUCCCGCGGGGAGAAGAAGUGGCUGGGCGGCGAUUUGCGCCUUUUGCCAAAGUACCUAGAGGCUCCUGGAAGAAAAUGGGGGCUUUAUAAAGAGUGACUACUGAUACACCACCCACGGAAAUGUGGGCUUCUUUAUUGGAUCGCUGUCGCUGGUGUUCAGGCUUUGCGCCCAUUUGUGAAUUUAUGACUUUCAAUUUCUCAAUGCAGGCAAUUGAUCACAUCAUCAACUCGGCAGCAAAGACAUUCUACAUGUCUGCAGGGCGAUUUAAUGUUCCGAUUGUCUUCCGUGGGCCAAAUGGCGCCGCCGCAGGUGUUGCUGCACAACAUUCGCAAUGUUUUGGUGCCUGGUAUGCACACUGCCCUGGUCUUAAAGUGGUCUCGCCUUACAAUUCGGAAGAUUGUAAAGGUCUGCUUAAGAGCGCCAUCCGUGAUCCCGACCCCGUUGUAUUCCUAGAGAAUGAGCUCAUGUAUGGUGUGCAGUUUCCUAUGCCAGAUGAAGCUAUGUCUAAAGAGUUUUUACUGCCAAUUGUAAAGGCUAAGAUUGAAAGGGCUGGAAAACAUGUCACACUUGUGGCGCAUUCGAAAGCUGUUGAGUUGGCGUUGAUUGCGGCGAAGGAGCUCGCUGGUAAAGGCAUUGAAUGUGAAGUGAUUAAUCUGCGCUCCUUGCGGCCGCUGGACAUUGAAACGAUAGGUAAAUCAGUGAUGAAAACCAAUCACAUUGUCACCGUUGAGCAAGGCUGGCCUACAUGCGGUAUUGGCUCAGAAAUUAUGGCACAAAUCAUGGAAAGCGAAGUGUUUUUCCAUCUGGAUCAACCUGGAGCGUGGUGACUGGUGCUGA